AUGGGCAAAUUAAAGGAAGCGUUUCAACAGAUCACGGCUGGAGGCUCGGCUGGUAAGCUAAUUCGAUUAAUCUCAAAUGUUUUUGUUUUUUAUUUUAUUUCUUUUGAAAACAAUAAUAAUAUAAAGGUAUUUGGACCUUUUAAUAAUACUCUUUUUAGACUUUAUAGUACAUUUUUAUUAGAAAAUGGCAAGAUUUAGUUGAUUUUGGGGAUUUUUUGUGGAUUUUGGCUUAAAUUUUAAUAAUUUUUUUGAAAUUUGAAGUUUUUGAGUAUGUUGAAUUGAUUUACUAUGUCAUGUUUUCAUGCUUCAUUUUAAUACAAAAGAAUAAUAACUUUGCGAUAUGUUAAUAUAACUUUCUUCCAGGGCUAGUAGAAGUAUGUGUGAUGCACCCAUUAGAUGUUAUGAAGACUCGUUUACAAUUAGGUAGUCAGUUCUACAGUGGGCUUGGUGAUGUAUUCAAGAAGACGUUGGCAGAAGAAGGAGUUAAAGGUUUCUACAAAGGUAUCAUACCUCCAAUCAUAGCCGAAACACCGAAAAGGGCUACCAAGUUCUUGACCUUCGAGCAAUAUAAACAUGCUUUUCAGUCGUUUCAUGCCAUUCCUGAAUGGACAGUAAGGGAUUUUAUUGAUUUUGAGGUUGGGCAUGGUUUGAAAAUGGCAAUUUGCUUUAUGUUAUUGUAAAAUACGAGCUUUUUUAAUGGUGUUAAGGAUUUGAAGAGGUGUUGCGGCAUGGUUAAUAUACGUAAUGUAGAUAGGUAGUUAAAUCCUUUAAUUUUAGCAAAUCUCACUAGCCGGAGCGGCUGCCGGAGUAACAGAAGCUUGUGUUAAUACGCCUUUUGAGUUGGUGAAGGUACGACUUCAAUCAGACAGAUCUAAAACUCAUGUAAGUUAAUAUUAUGUGAUAAAGAAUGACUUAUGGAACAAAUAUUAUGUCAUUUACUGUCAUUAUACAUGUUUUAUAGGGUAUAAAGAUCAAAAUAUUUUGUAAAAAUAACAUUAUCAAGUUUUAGAUACGAACCAGUCGAGACGUAGCGAAAGAGAUCUUUGCCAGAAGAGGGGUACCAGGCAUCUACACCGCCCUAGGCGCCACAAUGUACCGUAACGGAACCUGGAACUGUAUAUACUUUGGUCUCUAUCAUAAUGUAAAGCCUCUUCUACCAACAGAACCAAUUCAGAACCUACUGUCACGUAUGGGCGUCGGCUUUGUAGCUGGUACGAUAGCAUCUGUAGCGAACAUUCCAUUCGAUGUGGUCAAGAGUAGGAUUCAAGCACAACCUGAAGGUACCACCUGGAAGUAUCUUAAUACAUGGCAGACAGUAGGACUGAUUUACCGUGAAGAAGGUGCAGCGGCAUUGUAUCGUGGCAUCGUACCCAAAGUCAUGCGUCUGGGACCUGGUGGUGCCAUUAUGUUGAUUGUGUUCGAGACUGUGCAAGACUUUUUGAAAAAGAUCAUGGACUAG